GGCAGGGAUUAGAGCGGGGCCGGCUGGCGCAGAGGCGCGGCUGAGCGCUCCGGCGGGAGCCCAGGGCCCUGCGGCCCGUGCGGGGAGGCAGGGGCGGGAGGAGCGGAGAUGCGGCUGCUCCAGCCGCGCCGCUAAAGCUGCCGGUCACUCGCCCGCGGGGAGGAGGAGGAAGGAGGGCGGCGAGCUCCUUCCUCCCCGCUGCGCCUCGGGGCGCGGGCAGGCCUUCCUCCCGCUCAUCCCAGCCCCGAGCCGGAGCCGCCGACACCCCCUCUGCCUUCCUGCGCUCUUCCCACCAUGAGCGGGGCCGUUUUCACCUCGUAAAGAUGGCGGUGUGGGAUCGCUGCAACCUUUAGACUAAUGACUGUCAGAAACAUCGCCUCCAUCUGUAAUAUGGUUCUUCAAGAGCAGCUCCACACAGUUGCCAGCUUCCCUCCAUGUGGUGCCCCAGCAUGCCUUGUGCUGGCAAUGCCACACAUACCAUUCAGCUGCCCUGGAGAACGGAGCCUGCCUCCGGGGGCACCAAUGCCUCUGCUCUGGAAAAAGACAUUGGCCCAGAGCAGUUUCCCAUCAAUGAACACUACUUCGGAUUGGUCAAUUUUGGGAACACCUGCUACUGUAACUCCGUGCUGCAGGCAUUGUACUUUUGCCGGCCAUUUCGGGAAAAUGUGUUAUCAUACAAGGCCCAACAGAAAAAGAAGGAAAAUCUCUUGACUUGCCUGGCAGAUCUUUUCCACAGUAUUGCUACUCAGAAGAAGAAAGUCGGAGUUAUUCCACCAAAGAAGUUCAUAUCAAGGUUACGAAAAGAGAAUGAUCUCUUUGACAACUACAUGCAGCAGGAUGCACAUGAGUUUUUAAAUUACUUGCUGAAUACAAUCGCCGACAUUUUGCAGGAGGAGAAGAAACAGGAAAAGCAAAAUGGGAAACUGAAAAAUGGCAACAUGAACGAAGCUGAAGAGAACAAUAAGCAAGAACUCACCUGGGUGCAUGAGAUUUUUCAGGGAACACUGACUAACGAAACUAGAUGUUUGAACUGUGAAACCGUUAGUAGCAAAGAUGAAGAUUUUCUUGACCUUUCUGUUGAUGUGGAGCAGAACACAUCAAUUACACACUGUCUAAGAGACUUCAGUAACACAGAGACAUUAUGUAGUGAGCAGAAAUACUACUGUGAAACCUGCUGCAGUAAGCAAGAGGCACAGAAAAGGAUGCGAGUAAAAAAGCUACCAAUGAUUCUUGCCUUACACCUCAAGAGAUUCAAGUACAUGGAGCAAUUGCACAGGUAUACUAAGCUGUCUUAUCGUGUAGUAUUUCCCCUGGAAUUACGUCUCUUCAAUACGUCUGGUGAUGCUGUCAACUUAGACCGGAUGUACGACUUAGUAGCUGUUGUUGUUCACUGUGGAAGUGGACCGAAUCGUGGGCAUUAUAUUACUAUUGUGAAAAGUCAUGGAUUUUGGCUCUUGUUUGAUGAUGACAUUGUAGAGAAAAUAGAUGCUCAAGCUAUUGAAGAAUUUUAUGGACUGACCUCUGAUAUAUCAAAAAAUUCAGAGUCUGGUUAUAUUUUAUUCUACCAGUCAAGAGAGUGACUUGGGAAACUGUGACAACUGCACACAACAACUCUGCAGGCAAAGAAGGUGAUGGCCCACUGAACUGACUUUUAAAAAGAUCUCAUCUUGUAUGGUUGAAAAAUGGAUAUAUCCCAUCUCUCAUUAAAUGGCCUAUGUGAUAUUGACCAUAACUGUUCAUUUUUGACAUAUAGAACUUUCUUUCAGGAGGAGAGGAUAGUUUGUUGUUUUUAAGUCUGAUUGAGAAGUUGACUGCAGUCAGAUUUUAGUGGAAUUUAUAUGGAAUAACAUUUACACAUCAAAAGAAUUGGACUUCAACUGUUAAACCAAAUCCAGCAAGAGCAGUAUUUUGUAUGGAAGAGCUCACUGUGUUUAGGCUGAAGUUGUUAAAAGCGUUCUAAAUGAUUUUGGAGUGUACUGACUUACUUAACCAAUUUAAAUGUAAGGGGGAAAAAAUCUGCUUCAUAACGACUGGAAUUGUCGCAGGCUAUUUUAUUUUUUUACAUGUUGCUCUCAACUGUGAAGAAAAUUAAUCUUCCAUAAUCAUUUAAGCUUUGGGGUUGUUAAAAACUGUCAGUGUAUAACGUUAGGCCUAAAAUUCACAUAGAAGGAUAUAAAUUACAGUGUAAUUAAGCAAUAUUGUAUGCCCAGUCAAUGUGAUAGUAAAGAUGAGGUGAGAUUUCAGAACUUACAGAGCACUGGAAUAAAGUCAGCAAGAUGACACGCAACACAGAGAUAAAUUACUUUUAGAGAUUGAGCUUAUCGUUCUGUUAAAACAAUAUAAUACAUUCUUGACUUAAUUAAGUUUGCAGAGAUAACCACGCUGCUCGUGUACAAUAUAUCCAUGAGAACUGAAAUGACACAGCCCAGCUACAUAUGUGCUGUUGGUACACUACAUAAAACAGGACUCCAUCCUACAAUUGUUUUGAAUAUUUGACAGCAUUUUGAUCAGACUUAGUUCUACUGUUUCUGACAUUACUGGGUGAAUUUGGCAGGCAAUAGUCAUACGCUGGUUAAUAAGACCAUCAAACACACAUACUGGAAUAAGGCAAAGAGAGAAUGUAGAAGAAUGUGUCAGUAGGAUAUGAGAAGGGAUGGAAAUCAGGAUGAAGCAGUGGUAGCACUGGGUAUCUCUCUUGCUUGGUUUGACAGAGUUGUACACUGCUUGAACCUUAGCACCCAAAUACCUAUCCAAAUUAAAUCAACGGCAAAAAACCUCCUGUUGUCUUCAGGGUGACCAAGAACUCAUUCUAGUAUUUGCAAAGACACUUUCUCAUCUCUCUUGUUUUAUUUACUCUUAUUCAGUAUUUAUUAGACAAUGUUGCUUUUGGUACUUUUCCUUUAGAAGCCUACUUGCCAUUUCGUGGCAGAUACUGUUUCUGAAAACAGCUUCUGAAGCACUGCUAAACCUUCUAUUUUAGUUUUCUGUAGGAAAGAGAAAAAUAUUUUUCACUGUAAUCUACUGCGAAUGUGAAAUAUAUUUUUGCUGAAUAAUGGGGAAAAUGAAAUACUAGCUUCUACACCAACACUGACUGAACAGACAAAUUUAUCUAUGGCCAUCUUGUAAACCAAGGAAAUGUAGCACUUUACACUGAAGGAGAAACAGAAGUGAGCUUUUCAUAUGACAUUUUCUUGUGGUUUAUCAUGUCAUUAUACCAGUACAAAAAAAAGAUGUAGUGUGUAACCUUAGGGUCCUGGGGUACACAAAUAGCAGAGCUCUGCAGAGAUCACUCACAUGAAUGAAGGCUGUUAUGCAGGCUACAGAUAAGCAUAAUUGAGAUGCCAUUCUUGUUCUUGUAUUGAUAAUGAAAUGAAAUGUUCUGUCUGUAACGCAAAAGACAGACAUUCUACAGGAGACUUCAGCUCUCAUUGAAGCCCAGGACCUUUUCCAGUGAAAAGCUAAACCUGUAAAUCCUUAUUUAAUGGAUUUAUUUAUGUGCACUCCAAAUUUCCACAUUAAAAAUAUAAUAAUUAAUUGCCUUUUAAAACGGGAGCAUUUCCUGCUCAUGAAUGAAGGCAUUUCCCAGAUCAGCACUCACCAGUGUUGGUCCAAGGGUCUGUACUUCACGGUUUACUGCUGAACAUUCACAGAGCAUUCUUCGGUUUCCAAACAAGCAACAAAAAACAUCCUUAAUGCAGCUCAUGUUUGUACGUAAAGUAGUUUUGCAUAAAAAUAACAUUAAAACUGGUUCAAUUUUAGGAUAUUUAAAAAUAUAUAUAUUUGAAUUAACUUAUCUGACAAAUUAUUUUUAAUUGUUGGUUACUGGACUGGAUGAUCUCAGAGGUCUUUUCCAACCUUGGUGAUUCUAUGGUUCUAUGAAUAUGAAGUAAUAUUUAAAUGAUAGAUUAUAGGAUGCUCUUUGCUUUUCUCCAGCUGCACCACAGCUCUGGAUUGUAAAACAUACGGAUAAUUGCUAUGUGUUCUUGAGAACAAAAUUCGUAGAAUGAGCCUUAUAUCAAGUAUGGAAACCAUGCUCAAAAAUGAAGCGCCCAAAUCUUCUGCUAUGACUAACAAGAAAUGCACAAGAUCUACGACAAAUUGUUGGAAAGGUUCAUCUCAUGAAAGAUCAUGGAACUGAUAUGACACCAGUCCACCACCAGUGUUCUGACAUUAACUCUGAAGUAUCACGGAAUGCUCACUUUAUGCCAGUAACAGCUAAAUUAAGGGGUAUCUUCUUUUGAUUCCAAAAAGUUGCAGUUAUAAUUCUAUCCAUAAAUCAUAUAAGUCAUAUCCAACCUACAGCAUGCUGAAUGUCUUGACUUCAGUCUGGCAAAAGCUGUCCAUCACAGCUGUGUGAGCAGUUUUGCUUUGCGUGGGAGAAGUUCUGAUCUAUGCCAAAUUAAAAACAUUCAUGUGAGUUUUGCAGGAUGAGGAUCUUUGCAGCAACAAUGGUAUGAUCUACAGCGUUUUAUUUGGUUAAAUAAAAUGUCAUCCUUUCUCUCAUGCUUAUACAUAGAUGUCCAGUCCCUGAUGGAAGAACGGUAAAAUAUCUGGGACAAUCACAGCUUUUCAGCCAGCAGACAGAAAAUAUAAAGAUAGUACAUGUCUAACAGUGCCCUGCGCUUCCCUAAAAUUGCUGCUUUUAUAGUAUUUGGUUUUGAGUGAAGUUCUCUACCUCUUUCAUACGCUGCUGCUGGGAAGUGUUGCCCAUUUAUUAAACUUUAAAAACUCAUCUUGUUCUUACUUAGAAAAAAAGAACAGUUCCAUCCUAUGCCAUUUUCCUACCAAACCCACGGAAGCACUGCAGUGCGGAUUAAUCACUUAUCUUAGAGGAUGAGCUCAGACCUCAACUUUUCCACAGAGCAGGCUGUCAGGGUUUUAUGUAAUUUCUAUUUCUGGGACACAGCAGAGGGAGGCAGAAGAAGGAGUGAUGGAGAAACAUAUCAGUGAUGCAGAACACCUUGCUGCAGUCCCAAAAUGACUCCCGUCAAUUCUAUAUUAAUAAUCUAAGUAACCGCAGAGAAACAGACAGCAUCUUAAAGAUCUUAUUCCUUUAGCAGCUGGGAUGAAGAAAAUAAAGCAGGAGGUGUUUCCUUCACGUUAGAUUAAGUAAAGAUGCUGAAGAUCAAAGCUGCAACUGGAAUCUGUAUUAUGUGGCGGCUCCUAAAGUGCUGCCACACCUCUUGUUCACCUUCAGACAUGACGUGUCAUUCACCCACCUGUUACAGCACCUUGUACGUGGGACCUGAGCUGAUAACUUGCAGCUACCCAUGAUGUGAUGCCUCUCAGCAGCAGAUCCUUCUUGUUUCCUCUUUUUUUUCUUUGCUGCUUGUGGCUGAUGAGUUGGAGCAGUGUCUUGCAGCUGAAUGCGUAUAGAAAUAUUGAGAAGUUUUAGUUUUAGCUUUGUUCCAUGUUAGUAUUUUAUCAAAUUCUGUUUUAAUUUAUUUCUUUUUUGUUGCUCUGUUAAUGUAUCUGUAUUAUCAUUUAAGCAGUUAAUAUUAUUAGUUCUGUAUUUUAAUUUUUAUGUACUUUGAGUUUUUACGUGUAAACAACUCAAGCACUUUAAGCAUCAGUGUCAAUCUUGUGGAAUUCCAAUCAGCUUAGCACUUUGCUGCUGACUUUUUGUUUUGUAUUCUUUUGCUUUGGAACCCUUUGCUUAUGACCCAGCAUACCUAGUUACAACCCAAUUUCCAUACCUAUGUUUGGAGUCCCAGUUGGGUGCAAAUUUGAGAAGCCCAGAUUUGUUCAUACAUAUUUGUUCAUAAGUAACAAGAAUUGCAGUAUUUACUGCUUGCCUGUCCUCUCACCUUGUAUAGCAAUACAUACCUGAUGAAUGCAAUAACACCACAUGUUUCACAGUCUUGUUUGCACUCUUACCUGCUAUCCCAUCUGGGAAUGACUGAAAUCCUUCCAUCUGUUACAGCUAUCAAUGAUCAUAAUUUCGAGAAGCUCCACUUCUUCCAGGAAGAGUCUUUUUUACUAAACAGACAGUUAAGCCAGUGUUCCACUGAUAAUACACGUAUUGCUCUUAACCAUUUUAUCUGCUCUCUGUGCAAUCUCAAACAUGAGCAAUCUGAAGAGCUGCAUUUAUUCGUGGCCUUUAUGUGUGUACAAGCAAGGAGAGAAAUCUUUUCAAACACUUCCUCUCCCCACUCGGGUUCAUAUAAAGGGAAGAUGAGAAGCAGGGUAUGUGCUGGUGUUAAAAAAACAUAGCACUCCAUCUAUCACAUGCACUGGACAUUCCUUAUGGAAAAGUGCUGGUGGUAACCAUAUCAGAAAGUUACUUCUUAUUUUUGGGGCAAGAGUUAUUGUUAGGUUUUUAGACAUAGUAUUCUAUUUGAUCAAUGGAAAGCCUGGGACUUUUUCUGUUGCUGCAGUGUUUUUUUGCAGUUUAACGUGGCACUGAAUAUUUAAAUGUCCCUUGGCAAGCCUCAAUAGACAUGCUUUUAAUUUCUUUCCAGCUAACAUGCAUUACUUCAAAGAGAUUACUUGAACCCAGCCACAAGAACAAUUUAGAUUAGCACAGCCCUUUUGCUUACAAGGUCAGAUAACACCUACCAGGAGGUAUGUGCCCACCUGAUGGGACCAGCUGGGCUAAACCAGCACCUUUCCACACACUAAUGAUCCUUUACCCCCAAGAGGUUUGUUUGCUGGCUUUGCCUGAAGGAUUUAAUAUAAGACUGCACAUAACUCCUUUUAUUUCACGGUCUCAGAGUUGCUAUAAUUCUUUAAUAAAUCUACUUCAUUGGGUUAUCUGGGCUGGGAGUAUUGCACAAUAUACAAUAAAUUAACUUUUCCGUGCCAUUCACAAUGGUCAAUUUGGCAGCCUAAUGCAUAUGAUGAAGUCUGUUACAGGUGGCAGCUUCACUAUACAUAAGAUUACUGAAUAGUAAGAGAUUUUUCUGUUAGUGUAGUAGGGCUGUAGGUCUGGACUGGCACGUAACACCUUAACCCCCAGUUUACCCAGAUGAAGCUGAUGUUUUACAUUCUAGAUAACCCUACACCUUCUCCCAGAGGUUCCAACAAGGCAGAAGCAAACCAUUUGGGAAGACGCCUUGCAGUUCACAAAGCACCUUGCCUGUCACAGUAGAUAAUUCAGAAAUAUUUGCAUUCACUCUCCCCCACCCCCCAAACCCUUAGUACAUGUACAUUCCUUAAAGAGGCUGUGCUAAAAACAUCAGCUUUCUAUUUGCGACUGCAUUCAUAUUCUAGCGUCCCAUGAUGGAUUCUGAUCAUAUUGGAUGUUAUUUUCUCAUCUUCUCACAGCUCUCAUUCUAACUGUAAAAGCAACUGUAGGGCAGCUGUAUUACAUUCAAGUGCUUGUCCUAGAGAUGAUUUUCCAGCUUCAGUGGUUUUCAUUAAUGAGCAUUAACAGGAGCUUUGUCACUUACCCAUGUCUCUUUGGGAGUAAAGUCAGCAUCAAGGCAUGAAUAUGGGUGUUGGGAGGCAAGAAAAAAGAGCAGAGGCAGAAAGAUGGAAAGAGCUGGUUUGUCUGAGGCUUUGGAUGUGUAUAUCUGUAAAUACGUAGUCCCUAUCUAACUGUUCCUAAAGGUGCAAUGGUAGUAAAACUACUUACAUAUUUUGUGCUAGUUUUUUAAACAGAGUAAGAGGUAGUAAUACUAUUAGGCAUACAACUGGGGACACAUAAAAAUACUGAAUUUCUUGUAAAGCAUACAAUACACAGCGUGUGUGUAUCAGAGUAUCUACUCUUUUUAAUCAUGUACAUGUAAUUAAACCAUGCACUACCUGCAGAACUGUAAGAUAAAUCUCAUGUUGGAUAUUAAGGCUGUAACAUAAGAAAUCAGUAUUUUCUCCUGUUAACAUGUUUAUAUUUUACAUAAAAUAAACUCCCUAGCUGAUGUUGCUUCCA